AUGGACACAGACACCAGGCAUGCACCAAAACCAACACAACAACCAACAGUUCAAAACCCUGCACCAAAACCAACACAACAACCAACAGUUCAAAACCCUGCACCAACAAACCACAACCAACAGUUCAAAACCCUGCACCAAAACCAACACAACAACCAACAGUUCAAAACCCUGCACCAAACCAACAGUUCAAAACACUGCACCAAACCAACAGUUCAAAACACUGCACCACAACAACAGCACACAACCACUCCACAACCAGCACCACAACCAACAGUUCAAAACACUGCACAGCAACAACCACAAACAGAGCAAGGACAUAAAAGAAGUAGAGAACAAGGAAACCAAGAUUUCUUAA